AAAAAACUUAGAAUUUUUCUUCGUAAUGAUGCGGACAUGAGUUUAUUUUGAAGAAUGGGAAAUGCUUUUUCAAUUUGCUCAUGCAAGAAACACAGAAUAGGUUCUUUCAGAGAUAUUACUUUGCUUUUGAUUGGUCUUGACAAUGCAGGCAAAACAUGUACUGCAAAACAUUUACUUGGAGAACCUACUGCUGAUGCUGUGCCCACCAUUGGUUUCUCUAGCAUUUCUUUAAAACAUGGAAAAUAUAAUAUCACUAUAUAUGAUCUUGGAGGUGGUCCAAAGAUUCGUGGUAUCUGGAAGAAAUAUUAUGCCUUAGUUCAUGGACUUAUAUUUGUAGUGGAUGCUAGUGACUCACAACGCCUUGAUGAAUGUAAAGUGGAAAUAGGAAAUGUUUUAAGAAAUGAAAAAAUUGCUGGGAAGCCAAUGCUUUUACUUGUUAACAAACAAGAUGUUUCUGGAGCUUUGGAUGAAACAGAACUUGUUAGCCGCCUGGAUUUAGAAACCUUAGUUAAUGAACAGAAGUGUCCUACUCGUGUUGAAGCAUCUUGUACCAUCUUUGAUGAAGCAAAAAUAAAAGACCCAGGUAUUCAAGAAGGGUUUAAUUGGUUAAUUGGACUGAUAAGCAGAGAUUUUGAGUCAUUGCAUCAAAGAGUAGAGCUGGAAAUUAGUGAGCAAAGAAGAUUAGAAGAAAAAGAACAAGCUGAGAGAGUUGCUCGAGUUAAUAAGAUUAGAGAAGAAAGAGAAAAAUUGGCAGCGAGCCAGAAAAGUUUAGAUGAAAAAGAACCAGAGGAUGAUGAUGAUGAUGAUGAUGUAAUCAUUGGCAAUCCUUUCAAGCCAUGCAGCAUGAUAAAGGCUGAACUUGAACAGAAGGAAAGUGAAAAAGUAGCUGAAGCAACUACACCUACAGUUCGGGUUAUUCAUGUUAGUCCAACCAAUAGUGCAGACGAUUAUAACCGUGAAGAAGUGAUUCUCCAUCCACAGCCUUUGAAUCAGAGAGCAAUUGCCUCUGAUUGUAACUUAGAAUUAAGGAGUAGCAUACCUGAACUUCAUUCAUGCAAUGGCUACAAUUCAUUUUCUCUUCUGUCCAGCCAAGAUGAAGAUUCAAAGAAAAAAGGCAAAAAGAAUAAGAAAAGGUUCAAGAAUCGUGUGAUGCCUGAACAAAUGGAUUCAAACUCUGUGAGUUUGGUAUCAAGGUUUAAUGAAUUGCCGCCUUUAAGGCCUUCUAUGGAAUCAGGAUCCAAUGGGCAACCGAGUAUCUACAUGUCACCUAAAAGAUCUACUCAUCAAAACGGUAAAAUUAAUUGGGCUUUAGCUGAAGAAUUGGAACCAUGUCGAGAGGUGACAAAUGCUGGAUGUUCAAACAAGAGAUUUGAGGCCUGGUCUGAUUCAGUGCGUUAGCUAUCAUCUUCAAUUUUCAUCUAAGUCAAAAUAGAUUUUAUAUUGUCAUGACUACUGUUUUUAAGACAAGCUGAAAUGAUUUUAUAUGAAUGUAUAUAUUACUCAAGUCAUAUUUUUGCAAAGUCGAAUUUUUCUGUCUUAUACUGUUUCUCAUCCUCUCUUAAAACAUUAAAGUUAAAUGUAGAAAUAGCUGUUUCAAGGUUAAUUUUUAUUCAAUACAGUUUCAAUCACUUAAUUCAAUGUAAUCCAACCUUAUGUUAUCCGUGUGCUGGUUAAACUUUAAUUUGGAAUGUGUGAGACAUAGACAUUCCAGAAAGGGAAUGUAUUACACAUUUUAUCCGAAGCAUUUUUUACUGCACGUUAUAUUAUAAGAAGUUCAUUAUGUUUGUUUAGCAACACUUUAUUUUACGUUUGAGAGAUUAAUGUGAUGAUUGGCUCUGCUUUUCUAGUCGAAGUUUACCAGUGUCCUCUGUAAGUUUACAAAUGUUAUUGAAGAAAAUAUGUCUUUUUUUUGAAGUGCCAACUUGAAGUACUUUUCCCAGUAGAAAGGUCAAGGAGCAACAACACAAAAAAGGUGGGCCGCAUGCAGCCAGCUGGCCGCAAGUGGGACCACACCGACUCAUUGUUUGAUUUUUUAUAUAUAAAUUUUAUUGCAACAUUUUAAAUUGUGUUUGCUUCUCGGAUUAUAUCUUUCUUUUGCUUUUGUUUAGUGUGCUAUUAAAUGUGUUUAUGCAUAAGUAAUUUUGUAAAUCAAAUUAAAUUUGGAGCAGCUUUUUAAAUUUGACUUU